AUAUGCUCUUUAAUGCAUACUUUACCCCAGUAUAUGCAUUUUUGCAAUUAUUCUGUAGCUGAACAACUGUACCACCGAAUUCAGAGAAUUGCCGCUUUCUCAGGAUAACUGCAUUUCGAUUUGCAUAUUGGUCCAAGAAGUGUGAGCUGUAUACUUUCCCAUUAAAAUGUGAACAAAAUUGAACUCCUCCUGGCGAAACCAGAGCAGCGCACAGAAACACCGUUUACCUUCCUGCUGGAGUGGUACCUAUAUAUCUAAUUGCACUUUGACGUGCUUUUGAACUCCUAGGUUGGCUGUGUAGUUUCUCAUUAAAAUGUGGACAAAAUUGAACUCCUCUCCAUCCUUAGUUCACCCCAAUGUGUCAAAUAGCAGUUUCAAGGGGGUGAUUCGUAUAUUGAAAAUAGAAGCCGGGGGGAGGAUUAACCUUCAUAAAAAGAAGCAGCUGCAUAGCCUGAGAUUUAUUGCCAAGAUGAUUUGAAAUAACUUCAGAAAAUAAGAAGAGCCUGCUGAAUUAGGCCAGUGGCCCAUCUAGUCCAGCAUCCGGUUCUCACAGUGGCCAACCAAAUGCAUGUGGGAAGCAGGACAUGAGGGGAAGCUUCUAAAUUGCAAAUUUGCUGCUUCCACUUCUGAGGAAGUGACGGGCAGGAAUGACCAGUGCUGGCUCUGAGGUCCUCUGCUGGCUGUGAGGAGUAAAGAGCACAGGAUUUUGAUUGUCUGCCAACUCAACCUGAAAUGACUUCUGACCAUGUUAUACGCAUGCAUUUUAUCCUCUGCAAGCUGUAAAAAUAUUCAAAACGCCCUUGCUGAAAUCAUUUGUUGCUACUUGCUGUCUCCCACUCAGCCACUGCUUUGUGUAACCUGAAUCCUCCAGUAAAGGCUGAUUCUGUGGACACUCUUCCUUUUAAUCUGCAUUUAGGGUGAUCCCACGGCUGGUUUGGGAAGCGUUGUGCACAUUCCACUCAGAACACCCAGCUUCAUUGGGUUAACAGAUGCCUCCACAUAUUUCAUUUAUUAUUUUGUUUCUGAACAUAUGUGUUUUCAUUUCAACACAAUAACCUGAAGAAAAGGCCUGCAUAGCUUUUAGGUUUGCUUUUCCUUUUUCUGACAUUUACUAAUCUAACAAAGAGAUGAAGUUUCUUGAUUGAAGAUUGCAAUAAGCCUCUGCAUUGCUUUAUUGGUUUAUUGGAAUGCUAAUAAUAAUAAUAAUAAUAAUAAUAAUAAUAAUAAUAAUAAUACAGCUAUAAUGUUGCUAAGUCACCAAUGAAAGCUUCUGGUGUACCAAAGGACAUUCUGCAGAAAAUCACUGAUAAAAAGUUGGCCAUAGGUUAUUUAUCCUCUGAAAGCAAUGCUAGAACAUUCUGCUGAAAGUUACUGAUAAAAAGUUGGCCAUAGGUUUUCCUGCCCUUCUCUCUCAUUUCUUAAGGGUACUUAAGCACUCCCCUCCUAUUGUGCCAACAGAAGACAUUUUACAAAGCUACAGUUCCCAGCAUCUUUAACAAAUCUCAGUUCCCAGGAUUCUUUGGGGAAUGCCAUGCACAUCAAAUGUGUUUUACAUGUGCUGGCAAAAUGAACACAGCCAGAGGCAGUUUUGGAUCUUAUUCAUACGGUCCUUUCUUUCCUUACAUCCUUUGCGUGUUCAUUGGGCACUUGGAACACCCUUCAGCCCAUCAGAAGACAGCUAUUAUUUAUCAUGUGAAAGCAAUGUUGAUAAGUCAACAAGGAAACAGCUGGUUUGCCAAAGGACAUUCUAAUGAAGUUUACUGAUAAAAAGUAGGUCAUAGUUUUCUCCGCCCUUCUAUCUCAUUUGUUCAGGGCAUUUGCUUAGACCCUCCCCUCCUAUUAUGACAACAGAAGACAUUUCAUUGGAAACACGAGCUUCAUUUUUCUCACUCGAGUUUUUCCUUUCGCCACAAGAGUGUUGUUCAGUUUCAGCCUGCAGCCAAGAACUGAAGAAGCACAGAAGCAGAAAAUGGCACUUAGCAAAGACCGUGGCAUUACAAUGAAUGAUGGGAACAAAAUCCCAAUACUGGGGUUUGGAACCUAUUCCCCAGACGCUGUUCAAAAAAGUAAGUGUGAGGAGGCUACAAAGAUAGCAAUAGAAGUCGGCUUCCGUCAUAUUGAUGGCGCAUAUGUAUACGAGACCGAGGAGCAAGUUGGGCGGGCCAUUCGUGCGAAGAUUUCAGAUGGAACAGUAAAAAGGGAAGACAUUUUCUACACCGGAAAACUCUGGAGUACCUUCCACCGCCCUGAGCUGGUUCGGAAAUGCUUGGAAGAAUCGCUGAAGAAACUCCAGUUUGACUACAUGGAUCUGUUCAUAAUUCACAAUCCGUAUUCUAUGAAGCCUGGACCAGAUUUAGUUCCCUUGGGAGAAGACAAAAAAUUUAUUAUUGACAACGUAGAUCUUCGGCAGACAUGGGAGGCAAUGGAGGCGUGCAAAGAUGCUGGCUUGGUGAGGUCCAUCGGAGUGUCCAACUUCACCCGUAAGCAGCUGGAAAUGAUCCUGAACAAGCCAGGACUGAAAUACAAACCAGCAAUAAACCAGGUUGAAUGCCAUCCUUAUCGGAACCAAAGCAAGCUGCUGGCCUUCUGCAAGUCAAACAAUAUCGUCCUUGAAGGAUAUAGUGUCCUAGGAUCCCAAAGGGACCCAAGAUGGAUAGAUACAAACACUCCUGUCCUGCUUGAAGACCCUUUGUUGGUUGCGAUCGCCAAGAAGUACAACAAAAGCCCAGCUCUCGUGGCUAUUCGCUACCAACUGCAGCGCGGCCUGGUAGUCCUGGUGAAGACCUACACCAGAAAACGAAUUGAGGAAAAUGCCCAGGCAUUUACUUUCCAGCUGUCUGAGGAGGAUAUGAAAUCCAUUGAUGGCCUUCACAAACAUGAGCUUCAUAAAAGCGGAAAUAUUUUCUGGUCACCCACAGUAUUACCCACCAGAUGAGGAGUGAGGACUCGUCUCCCAUCUCCAAUUUAUUUCCUUCUGAACUGGGUACUUUCUCAUGGAAAACAUUUCUUCUCACUAGGGAUGGGAAAAUCUGUCAGUAUCAGUUCCUCCCAACAACCCACCACCUCAUUUUCCACUCUUCAAUUCCUCACAUCUCCACAUCAGUUUGGGAUUUUAAAAAAUAUCAUGAAAAUUCAUCAGUGCAAAUUUCUCCUACCACCCACUUUUUUCUUUGCACUUUUGGCUAAAAUAAAGCAUGAUUGCAUGGUGUUUUCACUGAUGUUGUUGUUUAGUCGUUUAGUCGUGUCCGACUCUUCGUGACCCCAUUUUCACUGAUAUAUGCUCUUUAAUGCAUACUUUACCCCAGUAUAUGCAUUUUUGCAAUUAUUCUGUAGCUGAACAACUGUACCACCGAAUUCAGAGAAUUGCCGCUUUCUCAGGAUAACUGCAUUUCGAUUUGCAUAUUGGUCCAAGAAGUGUGAGCUGUAUACUUUCCCAUUAAAAUGUGAACAAAAUUGAACUCCUCCUGGCGAAACCAGAGCAGCGCACAGAAACACCGUUUACCUUCCUGCUGGAGUGGUACCUAUAUAUCUAAUUGCACUUUGACGUGCUUUUGAACUCCUAGGUUGGCUGUGUAGUUUCUCAUUAAAAUGUGGACAAAAUUGAACUCCUCUCCAUCCUUAGUUCACCCCAAUGUGUCAAAUAGCAGUUUCAAGGGGGUGAUUCGUAUAUUGAAAAUAGAAGCCGGGGGGAGGAUUAACCUUCAUAAAAAGAAGCAGCUGCAUAGCCUGAGAUUUAUUGCCAAGAUGAUUUGAAAUAACUUCAGAAAAUAAGAAGAGCCUGCUGAAUUAGGCCAGUGGCCCAUCUAGUCCAGCAUCCGGUUCUCACAGUGGCCAACCAAAUGCAUGUGGGAAGCAGGACAUGAGGGGAAGCUUCUAAAUUGCAAAUUUGCUGCUUCCACUUCUGAGGAAGUGACGGGCAGGAAUGACCAGUGCUGGCUCUGAGGUCCUCUGCUGGCUGUGAGGAGUAAAGAGCACAGGAUUUUGAUUGUCUGCCAACUCAACCUGAAAUGACUUCUGACCAUGUUAUACGCAUGCAUUCUAUCCUCUGGAAUCUGUAACAAUAUUCAAAACGCCCUUGCUGAAAUCAUUUGUUGCUACUUGCUGUCUCCCACUCAGCCACUGCUUUGUGUAACCUGAAUCCUCCAGUAAAGGCUGAUUCUGUGGACACUCUUCCUUUUAAUCUGCAUUUAGGGCGAUCCUGCCAACCUAGCAGUUCGAAAGCACGUCAAAAUGCAAGUAGAUAAAUAGGAACCGCUACAGCGGGAAGGUAAACGGCAUUUCCAUGUUCUGCUUCGGUUUGCCAGAAGUGGCUUUGUCAUGCUGGCCACAUGACCUGGAAGCUGUACGCCGGCUCCCUCGACCAAUAAUGUGAGAUGAGCGUGCAACCCCAGAGUCGGUCACAACUGGACCUAAUGGUCAGGGGUCCCUUUACCUUUACCUAGGGUGAUCCCAUGGCUGGUUUGGGAAGUGUUGUGCACAAGUGUUGUGCAUAUUCCACUCAGAACACCCAGCUUCAUUGGGUUAACAGAUGCCUACACAUAUUUCAUUUAUUAUUUUGUUUCUGAACAUAUGUGUUUUCAUUUCAAUACUACAGCCUGAAGAAAAGGUUUGCAUAGCUUUUAGGCCUGCUUUUCCUUUUUCUGACAUUUACUAAUCUAACAAAGAGGUGAUGUUUCUUGAUCAUUGCAAUAGGCCUCUCCAUUCCUUUAUUGGAGUGCCAUUAUUAUUAUUAUUAUUAUUAUUAUUAUUAUUAUUAUUAUUAUUAAGCAGACAGCUAUUAUUUAUGCUGUGAAAGCAAUGCUACUAAGUCAACAAUGAAAACUGCGGGGCAUCAAAGGACAUUCUGCUGAAAAUAACUAAUAAAAAUUUGGUCGUAGGUUUCCCUGCCCUUCUACAUUCUACAGGAGCAUUCUACAAACUGUAUGUCUCAGCAGUGUUCCAAAGUUUGAACCAAAAUAACUGACAAGUUAAUUGAUUGAUCGUUUUAAAUCCUGCAUGUGAAGACAGGCUCUUGUGGAUCCAAUGGUCAAGAAGGGCCGUUGUGGGAUAAAUGGGUAAGAAAAGCUUAGCAGAAAUGACCAUGCCUGGCUGUUGUAACUGCUUGCAUUGCAAAGUAACGACCACGCCUUGGUAAGUGGUAGUAAGUUUUAAAAAAUCGCUGAGGAUAAUCAAGAUAAUGGUGGAAAUGACUGGGGAAAUCAGAAACCAGGAAGAUAGAAACUUUAACAAGGAAUGGGGAAAAUGUAUAAGUUACUUAAGUGAACACUACAAACAAUUAAAAACUUUGGCAGGAUUUGAGUAACAAUUGUAAUGUACUAAAAACUAAGAAAAAUGGAGAAAUUAUAUGAUGCAGUAGGCAAAGUUUGAUGAUGGAAACCAUGGAGGGGUGGAGGGAAGUCGAAGGAUUCAGGGAGCACUAAAUGUGGAUUAUUAUGAUUACUGAUUGAAUUCAAAUGUAUAGUGUAAAACCGAAUUAAAAAAUUUAACAACAAAGAAAUCGCUGAGAAUAGCCAAAAGAUAAUGCCUUACAAGGUAUUAGGACAGUUUGUGGGUGACUCAGGACCACGAGGGAAAAUGGAGGAGAAGAGAUAGAAAGCUAUUGUGCAUGCUUAAAAGGGCCAUGAAUAUUGGUCCAGCAGUCCCUAGUGGUGCUAGAGCUAAACAGCAUGAACAUGGGAUGUAUGUAAUGUUUGGGGAUACAUAUCAAGGGGGAAAUAUGAAAUAGGCUGGGAAGUCUGUAAACUGCAAUCUCCUAACCAAUAGAAGAAUGUAGGCGAGAAAUUCAGAAGGGCUAUAAGGUAUAAAGUACUUUUGAUGUACACAGGAUGGUGCCCUCCCUCUUUACAGCAUGCCCAUGCAGCACUGUCUCAAGAAUAAACAACCUUUGGUUUGGCCUGA